CAUUGUGGAAGUGGAGGUUUGCUGGCUCAGUUGUUUUGCAGAAUUGAAAAGAUAAGAUUUGAACCAUGGUGCUGAUCACAGAAGAUUUGAUUAGGCGGCGUGCAGAACAUAACAACUGUGAAAUCUUCUCUUUGGAAGAAAUCUCUUUACAUCAGCAAGAAAUUGAAAGGAUAGAAUACAUUGACAGAUGGUGCAGAGAGCUGAAAAUUCUUUAUCUGCAGAAUAAUAUAAUUUCUAAGAUUGAAAAUGUUAAUAAACUAAAGAAGUUGGAAUACCUAAAUCUAGCUUUGAACAACAUUGAAAGAAUUGAAAAUUUGGAAGGAUGUGAGAGUUUACAGAAGCUGGACUUCACAGUAAAUUUCAUUGGAGAGUUGAGCAGCGUAGAGUCUCUGAAACAAAACAUUCACUUGCGGGAGCUCUUUCUCGUGGGAAACCCUUGCACGGAAUUUGAAGGAUACAGGGAGUUUGUGGUGGCUACAUUACCUCAGCUAAAGUGGUUAGAUGGCAAAGAAAUUGAGAGAUCAGACCGAAUCAAGGCAAUGCAAGACCUGCGUCAGGUUCAGCUUCAAAUCAGAGAGCAGGAACAGGCUUACUUAAAGAAGAGAGACAAGGAGAAACAGGAGGCUAAAAAGAAACUAGAGAAUCAAAACCAAAAGAAGGAGAAAUCGGAGGCCAAGGAAAGUAAGCCUGGAUUUGAUGGCCGUUGGUACACAGACAUCAGCAAUACCAUUCUUGAUUGUGAAGAAAACAAAGAGUGUGUGCAUGGAACACAAGGAACAGAGAAACAUAAUGGUUCAGCUGAAGAUGAAGUUGACAAGAAAUUCUGGGAGGAGCCAACUCUCUUCACCCCGGAAUCACGAUUGGAGACGCACAGGCACCUGGAGGAGAAGCGCAAAGCAAACGAUGCCAAAAGGGAAACAGAAAAACAAAAGCCACCAAGGAAACUGAUCACUGCAGAAGGACGUGUGCUGAAUGUGAAUGAACCGAAACUUGAUUUCUCUUUGUCUGACGAUGAAGACAACAACCAGAUUGUGCUGGAUCUAGCCGUUUACAGGCAUUUGGACACAUCUCAACUAGAUGUUGACGUGCAAACAACAUACAUCAGAGUAAUUGUAAAAGGAAAGACAUUCCAGCUUGUACUUCCCACUGAAGUGAAACCUGACAGCAGUACCGCUAAAAGGUCCCAAAUCACUGGACACUUGGUCGUCACUAUGCCAAAGGCUGUGGAAUUUGUUGGGCCAAGGUCAACGUUACCUCGACCUGUGAAAUCAGCACCUGACACAGCACCAACGGACAACACAAGAAUGACAAAACAAAUGGAAAGGUUGGAAGUUGAUCCUAGCAAACAUUCACGCAUCAACUUGGAAAACAUUGUAAAAAAGGAGAAGCCAGUUGCACAAGGACCUCUGAAGUUACACCGCCCAGCCAUGUUCGAGUCUUCAUGCAAUACAGGAGACUUUGACGAUGACUCUGAUGUUCCACCAUUAAUAUGACAGACCUGAAGCAAACACUAUAGGUGUUGCCAAGAAGACACCCAGCAAUCCAUAUUGUAAUCCUUUCGUUCUCCCUACACUUGUAAAGCAAUGUGCAUUUUUUCUACUAUAUUUAUAAGGGCUAAGCAGGUAUUCUAAAAAUCCAAGUAAUUUUCUUUAACAUGUUUUAAGUUGUAAAAUAAAUAAAUGAGUUAAUUAGACAAAACUAAA